UUGGUCUUCCGUCGCGACGAUCCACCCCCAGCCGUCGAGGCCCACGGCAAGGCCACAGAAGUCCGGCUACCGGUUUUCAAGGCCUUGGUCCUGGGCGCUUCGCACGCCGCUCUCAGGAUAGAGUCAAGACGUCCAAUGAGGAGGUUUGAGGUCGGCCCGAUGGAAUCUGUCUCCACGUUGUCGGCGGUGAAUGCCAACGACUUGAUUGCAAUCCUGCGAGAACGACACGACGGCUGGAAGGGUGUCAAAGGACUGGCUUGGGCCGGCAACGUCUGCUCCAUCUACUUCGUCGACGAGGCCCGGCGAGAUCGAUUCGGCUUCCCCGUGAACCAGACGUAUAAUAUCGCGUACCAGAACAACAUUCUACCUUUGACAAUCAUUCGGGAGUACAACCAAGUUGCCUAUUUCUACAUCGAGUCUCGCACCGACAACUGGAUCACCGACUUCAACAAGUGCAGAGACGACUGGAGCGAGGAGAACAACAUCCACAUCGACCGCGUCUUCUUUGUCCAAAAGGUCUUGUACUGGGCCAUGCCGAGCGACGACCGGUCACAACAACUGGCUGCUGACAGAGAAGUAUUCCUCCAUGGCCACCGUACGCAAGCUCUCGCUGUUGAUGCCAGAACCAUACCGUUGAUCUGCUACAACUGCCAGAACCAUGGCCACUUUCAACGGGCCUGCCUUGAGCCCCGCAGAUGUCGCAAAUGCGGCGGACCGCACCACCACAACCAUUGUGUCAGCCUGGUCAUGCGGUGCUGUCACUGCGGAGGACCUCACAUGUCGGACGACCCGGGAUGUCAGGAUGAGGCCGUGCAGACAUAUGUCCGAUCCUUGCGAGAGAAGGGUCAAGAGACGCCGAGCUGGCUCAUUAAUCGACUGUGUGAAUCUUUUGCGCAUAAGCCCAACGACUUGACGGCGUACAACGAUUACGACGACGAUGGUUGCUACGACAACAACUUUUCGGACAACCCGCUUUUUGAGGACGAUGAACCCCAUGCGCCGGCCUCGACGGGGCCGCCAUCUGACCGGGACGCUGCUGCCGCUGCUCACGACAGCUCGAGGCGCCAUCGCCCCCGGAACACCCCGUCCUUGUCGCCGGACGACGAACGGAGUCGUCCUCCCGUGCCCAGCGCUCCGCGCCGAACCACACCUCAGCCCAAUUGGUCUACCAGCCCUGCGCUAUCCGCGACGGACCUUGCUCAGGGAGAAGACCCACGGGCUCUUGCGCCAAGCUCCCCGAUAUCCGAACUUCGUGGAUCGGCGCAAGAGCGCGGAUGGCCCUCCGACACUAUGGCCAUUAGCCCUGCGCCGUCCACAGCGGAUCUCAUCCAGGGAGGAGACCCACGGAGUCCUGCGCCUGCCUCACCCGUCGUAUCCUCGACUGACUUGGACGAGAACACGAUCAUAGUAGGGUUCACGACUGAGGCUGCACAGAAUCAAGGCUCUGUCGACACGACAGCGGCUCCAUCCAGGAGCGGACGCGUGGCGACCGGCGGCUACAGUGGCCACUCAGCCGAGCAUUUACGAUAUCUCUUGGAUCGAGGACGACUUGGGUUCGAUCGCCCAGAAAGAUCCACGGACAAAUCUAUAGUCCGAACCAGCGUGGCCACCACAAAGGAACAAGGCCCUGAUGGGAGAAUGCAUCGAGUUCUCGACGUGGGCUCGGGGCCACAGUCGACGGGCGACACGGACCAGCCCCCUCACCUCAUAAUAGGUGAGCAUGAUCCAAGAGGGUAUCUCAUCGAACACAGAAUUACGGAACUGACACGAGGGAAGGACCAUGAUUUCGAAAAGGCCACCCAAUUCCGUCAACCCCACCGCUACUUCUGCCGCGGAGAUGAUCCUAUGCACUCCUUUUUGAACGGCUUGAGCCCCGACGCAUACAUGCCCAAAGGUGGCGGUGGAAAGGUGCUGAUUGAGACGGAGAAGGGGAUGGAGAAGGUCAACCCGUUCGACCCGUUCAAGAGGAAGACGCCCUGGAAAUCGAGUAGGACGGCACCUGACCAACCAGCGACCGCGCGACCCUGA